AUGGAGUCAAGGUUGGUGGCACCGUCACCCUCUCCUCCAAAUGUUGUUGUGGGCUCGUCGAGGUCACAGGAGAGGUUCCCCAACCUCCAAAGACCUAGCGUGGAAGGUCUCCUAGGACGUCUUCCAAAGAUUUUCCUUGAUUUUCUUCGUGGGCCUUCUCCAACUCGGGAAGCCACUACAGCUCUUCUCCCACCUCUUCGUGAGUUGGCGAACCUACUCACCAGGAGUUGGAAUGAAAGAGAACAGAAUUAUCUGGUUGAGAUACUAUUUGGGGAGGCGAUUAUUUCUGCUCAGCACCACAAUCACAAAUCAGUACUGUACAUGAUGUCAGUUGCUGAUAAGGUGAAGGCCGAGCUUGACAAAACACUUGAGGCUAGGGAUCAAGCCGUAAGUCUCUGUGAAAGCCUUGACUUGGAGAGGGCGAAGUUUGCUGAGAAGAAAAAGGAGUACGAAGAUCGACUGAAUAAGAUAGGGAUGGAGCUGGAGGCCAAGUCUGAUUCCGAGCGCAAGCUUGUUGAUGAGAAUGAAGCCCUCAAGGUAUGGGAGGAAAGGCUUACUAAGAUGGCAGCCGUUGAGAAGAAAAAAGCUGAGGAAGAAUGUAUUCGGGCCAAUGAGGCUAAAAAGAGGGUUGAAAUUGCAACUAAACGGGCGGAGCGAGCAGAGGCCAUCUUUGUUAAGGCUGUGGAGGCCUAG